CCUCGUUUCGUCACUCGUCUAAGACAGCCCCAGCGCGCACUACUGCAGCCGCCGGUGGCUGGCUGCCCUCCUCCCCCAGGCCCUCCACCCUCGCAGGAAAAACCGCCAAUUGCUCCUGUCCCUCGCUCUCAGACAUCUAUCAUCCCCCCCCACUAAACCAUCUCUGCCAUCUGUGCCGCGAUACCGUACACUUACCCAAUCCUUCUCUGUUGUUUACUGUUUACUCCCACCACUCUGUGGAUAGUCGACGAACAACUCCAUCACCAUGGAGCGCCCUCCAGGUUACGCUGCCCCUCCAGGCUACGAUGAAGAUGACGACGACAUGCGCGACCCUCGCGGCGCGCCAAUGUACACACAAGGCCCCAACCAACACCUGCGAUUGCUCGACGACGAAGAGCCGCUGUACAGAACACCAGAUGCUCCGAACCGCUCUUAUCAGCCGACACCGAGCCAUGUGCCGUCCGUCUCGGACCUCUCAGCGCGCUUCGAGCAGAUGAGCUCGCAUUCCGACCUCGCAUAUCGCCAAUCCCCCGCUGUUCCGGGCUACAACUCUCCGGCCCCGAGACGCGAUUACGCUCCGACCAUCUCUCCCACUCCAUCGCGCGGUUAUGGGGGUUCGGCUCAGUAUCCUUACUCUCCAUCGAGCUCGCGCGCGGAGAGCCAUGGGUAUGCGCCUUCAUCGCACGGUCGCAGCAGUGUAGAUCCGGGAAUGCAGUACCCCUCGUCGACCAUUUCGCGUAGCAACUUGGACGCCUAUGCGACAACGUCGAUGCUGGGCAGCAAUUUGGAACCUGAGCGACCGUGGCCGCCUUCGCGCCAGAGCACAAGGGAGCCGGAUGAAUGGAGUCGGCCACCGCCAUCCAUGUCGUUUGAGCCUGCGGAUCUCAAUGGACGGCCCCGGCCUGGGACUGCCUCGAGCACUAGUACCGGCCCUAGGAGUCGAAGCGCUACAUCCUCACGAAGGCCGCUUCCGUCGACACCGUUCCGGAACCGGGGAAGGAGUACUACCGAUGAGACGCUUGUGCCGAUAAAUCAGGACUAUGGUUAUACGGACGACGACGAUUCCCGGUAUACUCCCCGUCGCGGUCGGGAUAGGGGGCAUUCGCUAGAUAUGACUGAACGGACGAACACGAUGUCUACCAAUUCGUUCGCCGGGAACUCAGUGUCUGGAAAGUCAUUGAACUCAGAGAUGACUGCAAAAAAUACCGAUGUCGAAGAUGAGGAGGUUGAUCCUGAGAAGGCAAAAGCCGGCCGCCUUACUCGCACCAAGGGAGAGCAUUUCGGACCCGCCCCGCAGGCGCCCCAGGCUAGACGAGGUCUCAAUCGCGAAGCGCUCAUGACCAAGAAGCAAGUCAAGCUUAUCAACGGUGAGCUUAUCCUUGAUUGUAAGAUUCCGACGAUUUUGUAUUCCUUCCUCCCUCGCCGGGAUGAGAUGGAAUUCACGCACAUGCGGUACACCGCCGUUACCUGCGAUCCCGAUGAUUUCGUCAAACGCGGAUACAUGUUGCGUCAAAACAUGGACCCGACACGGCGAGAGACGGAGCUAUUCAUCUGCAUCACCAUGUACAACGAGGACGAGCAAUGCUUCACCAGGACCAUGCACGGUGUGAUGAGGAACAUUGCUCACUUCUGCUCUCGUAACAAGUCCAGAGUCUGGGGAAAGGAGGGAUGGCACAAGAUCGUCGUCUGCAUUGUUGCCGACGGGCGAAAAAAGGUGCACCCGCGAGUCCUCGAUGCCCUGGCCGCAAUGGGUGUCUACCAGGCCGGUAUCGCAAAGAAUUUGGUCAAUGGUCGUCCCGUCAAGGCACACGUGUAUGAGUACACCACGCAGGUCUCGCUGGAUUCGGAUCUGAAGUUCAAGGGCGCCGAGAAAGGAAUCGUCCCGGUACAGAUGAUCUUCUGCCUGAAGGAGCAGAACGCAAAGAAGUUGAACUCCCACCGAUGGUUCUUUAACGCUUUCGGAGCAUCGCUUUCGCCGAAUGUGUGCAUUCUCCUCGAUGUCGGCACCAAGCCUGGAGGCGACAGUCUGUACCAUCUGUGGAAAGCUUUCGACAGAGAUUCCGAGGUUGGAGGAGCCUGUGGUGAGAUCAAAGCUAUGAAAGGAAGAGGUUGGAUGGGUCUCUUCAACCCCCUUGUCGCAUCACAAAACUUCGAGUACAAGAUGUCCAACAUCCUGGAUAAGCCUCUCGAGUCGGUAUUUGGAUACAUUACCGUGCUUCCAGGAGCUCUUUCGGCGUACCGAUAUCACGCACUUCAGAACGACGAGAACGGUUGUGGACCACUGGCGCAAUACUUCAAAGGAGAGACGUUACACGGUAAGGACGCGGAUGUCUUUACCGCGAACAUGUAUCUGGCCGAGGAUCGAAUUCUGUGCUGGGAGCUGGUGGCCAAGAAGAGUGAGCGGUGGGUGCUCAAAUAUGUGAGAAGUGCAACAGGAGAGACCGACGUGCCAGAUGCCGUGCCGGAAUUUGUCUCUCAGCGUCGACGAUGGCUGAACGGUGCAUUUUUCGCUGCCAUUUACUCGCUCGUACACUUCAAGCAGGUGUGGUACACGGAUCAUACCGUCGUCCGUAAGGUCUUGUUGCAUCUGGAGUUCGUUUACCAGUUUGUCAGCUUGUUGUUUACGUUCUUCUCUCUGGCCAAUUUCUACCUUAUGUUCUACUUCAUCGCUGGAUCUCUAUCGGAUGAUAGGAUGGAUCCAUUCGGCAAUGGAUGGGGAGGACGCAUCUUCAUCGCCCUGCGUUUCCUCUGCAUCCUUCUGAUCUGCACGCAAUUCAUCCUGUGUAUGGGUAACCGUCCGCAGGGUGCAAAGCGAAUGUUCGCAUCCUCCAUGAUACUGUACGGCAUCAUCAUGGCAUACACCACAUUCUGCAGUUGCUACAUCGUCAUCAAGUCCUUCACGGGGGGUGUCAAUGGCGAAGCGACCGAGCUAAAAAUUGGAGACAACCUCUUUACAAACCUUAUCGUCUCCACCGGUUCCACCAUCGGUGUCUACUUCCUCAUGAGUUUCCUGUACUUCGACCCAUGGCACAUGUUCACGUCGUCGCUGCAGUACUUCAUGAUGCUUCCCUCCUACAUCUGUACCCUCCAAGUCUAUGCCUUCUGCAACACCCACGACGUGUCCUGGGGAACCAAGGGUGACAACAUGCAAUCGGUCGAUCUAGGAGCCGCCGUCGCAACCAAGAACGGUGCUGUCGAGUUGGAGAUGCCGAGUGAGCAGUUGGAUAUUGAUAGCGGAUACGACGAGGCACUCAGGAACCUCCGGGAUCGUCUUGAAGUCGAGGAGCUGCCCAUCACCGAAGAGCAGAUCAAGGAGGAUUAUUAUCGCGCUGUCAGAACGUAUGUCGUCGUCGUGUGGAUGGUGGCCAAUGCCGUCCUUGCGAUGAUUGUUACGGAAGUUUACAAUAUCAACGAUGUUGGUGACAACGGGUAUCUCAAGUUUACCCUCUGGUCCAUCGCCGUCCUGGCACUGUACCGCAUGAUCGGGUCGUCGGCAUACCUUGUAAUCCAGGGUAUCCACGGCUUCGUCGAAGGAAAAGUCAAGCUUGAGCCCGACCGCAUCAAAGAAAGAUGGACGCAACCCGCCUGGCGGCGACGACUUGGCCUCGGCAAAGCAGGCGGCAUCCUUGGCAAACCAUAAGUUAUGACGAUGAUAACGUUUUCUUUUCGGAUGGUUAUGAUAUGACAUGUAAUGUUUGUGCUGUUUUUCUUUUCUUUUCUUUCCGCACGCUUUCUUUUUCUCUCGGUGUUGCUUCUUGUACUUUACGAUACCUUUGCUUUGGUCUGGCGUGGCCCUUUUUCCCCGUUCCCUUUGGUUGGUUGGUUGGGUGGUCUAGUGAUGCGAGUUGGGGGAUAGGGGAGUUUGCUUAUGAUAUGAUUUUGUGUGUAUGUGGUGGGUGCAGUGGUGGGUGGAGGCAAAAGCAUAUCAUGUAUGUAAAUACCAUGGAUGAUGGAAUACGAUUGCUUGUUGAAAUGCGAAAU